AUGCCGAAGCCCAAGCCUAAGAAAUCGGAGCUCGAUGCCCGCGGGCCCUCGACCACCGCCAAACCUUCCGCCCCGCCCACCCCCAACUGGCCACCCCUCCGCCCCCUCCUCCCCGCGGCCGACCUGCACCUCACCCCCCUCGUCCACGACCAAAUCUACCUGAUCCGCAACUUCCUCCCGGCCAGCCUGUGCAAGAGCUAUGCGUCCUUCCUGGCGUCGCUGCCGCUGACCACGACGCCCGGGCGGCCAAAGAAGGACGAGGCGCUCCGGGUAAAUGACCGGUUUCAAGUGGAGGAUGGGCGAUUCGCGGAGAUGUUGUGGGCGGGGACAGCAUUGAGGGAGUUGGUGGUGGAGAGAUUUGGGGAGGAGGGGGGUGAGUUUGGGUAUGAGGACGAAGAUGAAGACGACGAGGACGUUCAAGCGCAGAAGAUGCGCGCGACGUGGGGGGGCCAGCCGCUCGGCUUGAACCCGAAUAUCCGAAUCUACCGCUACUCAGCGGGGCAAUUCUUCGCGCCGCAUUACGACGAGUCCAACGCGCUCACCUUCCGCCCGCCCUCCGCGACCCAGGCCACCCCCGCGCGCACCACCUGGACCCUUCUGAUCUACCUGACGACCUGCAGCGGCGGCGAGACGGUGUUCUAUCCGGAUAGGACGCGCGACAACCGCAAUCCGGCGCCGAUAGCAGUGGCGCCGGAGGUGGGGAUGGCGCUUUUGCAUCGGCAUGGCGAUCACUGCAUGUUGCAUGAGGGGAAGGAAGUGACGGGGGGAGAGAAAUGGGUGUUGCGGAGUGAUUUGGUCGUUGCGAGGUGA